UUCUACUGAUGUGUAAAAGAUCGGUUUGAAGAACGAAACCGCAAAGGAAGAGAAUCUUUUCCCACUAUGAUCGGUCGGACACACACAGCAGCGUCGGUCGCUCACUCGUGUUAGGCGUCGUUCUAUGGGUCAUUCGGGUUGAGUAUCCUGCUACUAUCGUUCACUCCUAGGUAUUCGUAUUCCUCGAUUUCCUCGUCUCUAGCAGUACCUUUCCUCCGUGAUUUACCACUGAUUUUGAUUUUCCUUAUACAAUUUGAGUACAGUCAGAUGAAGAUUUGGAAGAGCCGUAGAGGUCGUCUUUCGUCAGGUUAGAACUCUUCAGAGGUGUACAGCAUACUAUCUUGUUCGCCUAGCAUAGUGACUGUCACGAAACACUUCUUCUUCCGACUACACGAUCAAUACAAUGGGCAAAUGCACCAUGCUGGGCCUGGUCAUGUGGAUCUGGAUUUCAUCCAUCCACGUGGCCUGUGGUGCUAGUACUGCGCUCCACUACGAUCAGCGGGGCUUCGAUCCUCGAUUUGUCACGGGAGACGAUCUGAUUACGAGUCUCACUACACCCUACCUCAAAACAACAGUAGUAGGCGAAGAAACAACUCAUUCUUGGAAGAAGUCGUAUAUUCCUCUUAAGACCACUGGCCAGAUUUGCGCAAUCGGAUUGUUCAGGGGGCUGCCGAACUCUCAUCUGAAUGACCACGUUAGUAAACAACUUGGACUGCCAAAUUUUAGCAAUGGAGAGCCAUCAGUUGCCGGCGGACUUGGUCACGUUGCAGGUCAAGAGUGGACAUCUGAUUUCAAGACAAGAAUGAGGCCAACAGCUUUUUAUCUUGAGAACCUUGAACGGCAGAACCGGCAGCUGGCUGUGGUAUACUCGGACGUUUCGGUGGAGGAUUUUUGGAGUAGUUUGCGUACGUACCACUUCGGAGUUCGAGACGGAACAGGUGACUACCUCAUCAAGCAGAUCCGGAAUGCGCCGAAGGAGUUAGUCAUUGCUGUUGGUUUUGGUAAGCUUGGGACGAAUCCCGGUUCGCUUUGUCCGGCCCAGACGCACGUCGCUGCGCUCGGAGGUAAGCCGGUACGAAGGAAGCGGCCAGGAACGGGCCUCAUUCCGUACCUUGUUCGUACUGGCCAUAUCGACAAUGCAGAAACCGUUCAAAUCUGCGAGAUCGGAUUUUUCAGAGGGGUGCCGAACGCUCAGUUGAACGAGUACGUGAACCGACUUCUAGGACUUCCAGAUCCAGACUCUAUUCCGAGUACAAGAGGAUUCGACUCCGAUUCCAUGCGGCCCCUAGCUUUUUCUCUCCAGAUCGCAAAGGGAGCCUGGCAGAUCCUUAUUGUGUACUCGACCACGGAUCCCAAUAAGCCGUACGAAAAGCAUGUCUUCGUUCCCGCGCACAGAGAGACAGAGAGAGAUGUAGUGGCCUUCGGUCACAUACAGAGUGCACCACUGGAACUUGUGAUCGCUGAUGUCUUUGGUGGGCUAUGGGGCGAUGGUAUGUCCUCGAGACCUCCAUUUGGUUCGCCGAAAACGCGUGAGGCACUACCGAGGGGCCUCAUGCAUUCCCGCCCAACGACGUAUCCGGGAACGGGUCUCAUUCCGUUUCUGGUUCGCGAUGGCAUCAUCGACGCUGCGAACGCCGUUCAAAUCUGCGAAAUCUUCUCUCCUGUGGAAACGCGGGUGCUGAACGCACGUAUGGACCACAUCCUUGGACAAAGGCCUUUAGCGGAAGAAGUAAAGCUUGUCACCCAUCAAUCUUGGGCUUGGGGCCUCGACAUCAGGCCGACGCGGACAAGGCCGGUGGCUCUUUUUCUCUCCGUCGAUCCGACACGACAGCGGCAUCGCAUAGGUGUCGUGUCUUCGACGCGUGUCGUGGAUACGGCGGACGACACGACGAGUGUCGUUGAUGCGGCGACAAACACGUUUGCAGACAGGGUUAAAAACGAAAAAUCAAGAAUAAAUAAAUAUAUUGAUUUUUCGAAGCCCUACGUCGUGUACUACUUCGACGAUGAAAGCGAGCGCGGAAAUCCCUAUCUCUUCGACAGUGUGCGAGCGAACCUCGCAGUGCCGCCGUACAGCAACAUGGUAGUAGCGGACUUUCUUGGUGGGAAAUACCACCAGCAAACCGAAGACAAGAACGGCUAUCCUCUUGGAACGAUGACGGAGCGCAAGAAAUUGAGCAUUGAAUUCCUAGAAAGAGUUCAAGCAGAGCUGGAGCUGAAGGCACUAGAACGUUCCACCUUGCAGCUCCGGGAUCAGGUGCGCAGUACCCACGAGCACGAGGUUGACGAGCAGCAAGCUUCCACCUUGCAGCUCCAAGACCGCCCAUCCAAGCUGCGACGAGCGAACUCGCCCAAGACCGCUUUCCUCGCGGAGGAGGCGGAGCCCUAGAAGCGGUCUGGGGAAAACAUCUUCACUCAUUAGGAGCGGAGAUGUGAUUAGAAGUGUCAUCUUCUUUUAGGAGGUGACUAGUAGAGGAGGGGAGCAAUAAAGCUUUUUCGUUCAGAACAAGAUGAAUAGAAGGAGUUGUCGGAGGAUUUUCAUUCGGAACAAGAAGAUCAGAGGAACAGCAGAACAGUGCUUGUACUACAUUCAUCAAAACUGCUUUGACUGGGGAAGGAGCCAGUCUUGAAACAAAUUACAGAGCAAUUUGUUCCACCGAAACACAAGAUCAAUCGAAUGUACUUGCCUGCCCAGUUUAAAUGCUGCUUGAUAAUAAUCCCUUGAGAGAGUUCAAGGGGAGUGAAAGCUUCCUAGCUUGAUGUUCCUUCCUCGGAUGUUAAGUCUGAGUGUUCUCACAGUGCAGAAGGAAAGCAAUGUGAAUGAGGAUUGAAUUGAUAGAAUGGCCACACAAAAAAGACAGAUCCCAAGAAAUGAAAAUAAGGCAACAUAAAAUACCGACUGCAUCUCCGAGAAUGAGUCCAUCAUACCACCGCAAAGAUCUGAAAUCUGCGAUUGUGCUGAAGGAAAAGAAACUCAAACAAAGAUCAUCCAACGAGACAGAACAAGGACAAGAUCUGUUUUUUUCAACUUAAUAUAAGAAGCAAUAGUUGGAAAGUCGCUUUUCACUGCACAAGCGUGCCAAGAAUCUAAGAGAUCAUACACAUUUUUUCCGUAGCCUUUCUCCAUCUAAGAUUUGUUUUUUAAAUGCAAAAAAA